UAAAACGCCACUAAAAAUGAGACAAUUUUUAAUAGUUUUUGCGCUUGCAGCAAUUCUUGUGACUACAUCGGCUAUCGAUUAUUGUUCAAAAGAUCUUUGCUACAAACGUAAACAUAUAACCUGUGAACAUAAUGGACAAUUUUCAUCUACUUGCCCCUCCGAUGCUGCCAUAGUUACCAUGACAGAUUCUUUGAAACAAUUGAUUGUUGAUGGUCACAAUGCGAAACGUAAUUUCAUUGCUGGCGGUGGUGAUGUUAAUCACAAACCUGCUUGUCGCAUGGCCACCAUGCAAUGGGAUGAUGAAUUAGCUUAUUUGGCUAGUUUUAAUGUGAAACAAUGUGCUAUGAAACAUGACUCCUGUCGCAACACUGAACAGUUCCGUUUUGCUGGACAAAAUCUAGCUUGGAUACAUUAUCUGGAACCUGUUAAUAACGAGGCAGGUUUUAAUAAAUCCAUUGAGUUGUGGUACGCUGAAGUAGCUAAUUCUAAACAAGAAUAUAUUGAUUCAUUUCCCGUUGAACAAUUGUAUUCCAUUGGUCAUUUCACUGCUAUGAUGACUGAUCGUAACACACAUGUAGGCUGUUCUGCUGCGACAUUUUCUAUUUCUGGAAGUCGUUAUAAAGCUUUCUUGGUAGCUUGCAACUAUGCUUCUGGUAAUCUGCGAGAUGUUCCUAUUUAUGUAAAAUGUGAUAGACCAGCGAAAAACUGCUCAACUGGCAAUAAUCCUUCCUAUCCUAACUUGUGUUCCAUCAAGGAACAUUUUGAUGCUAAUUAUGGUUAUUAUUAAAUUUGUGUAAAGUUGAAAUUGUUUUAUAUCACAGUUUUUAAUAUAUAAAGUUUUAUCUGAA